AUGUCACCUACCCAAUUUACCCAGCUUCCACAACUGGUCCUAGACCUCGGCGACGAGCUAGAAGAACUAGUCUACAUCAAGACAGCAAUUGGAAUCUACGACCGAAGCAUGUUGACAAUCAUCAACUCGACAACGACACCCGCACAGCUCAAUCUCCACCGCGGAUCCUGGCUGCAGGCCAUGUCGAAAGUAGCAUCCUUGCACCGAAGUAUCGUGGCGGAUUUUAAUCGGCUGCCCGGCCAUUUGAAACGCAGCUUUGUGAGGGCUAAUCGUUUAACUCUGAAUGAGCAUGGGUUUCGGCCUUCGGCUGAUAACUUGGAGAUUACUCGUCCUGGUAGUAGGAGGGUUUUUAUUUUGCCUUGA